UGUCCCUUUCGAAAGGUGUGGUGGCAGGUAAAGGAAAGCAAAAGAGGGAGGGGGUGGCAUCCAUACAGACACAAACACUCUCUCCCUAGAGAUGAAUCUAAUGUAACCAACGGUUCUAACUUCUAACUAGCAAGUAAAGUAAAAAAAAAUAUAUUUUUUUUUUGUUUUUGAAUAAUUUAAAAUAAAAAGAAAAAGUGUGGGGGAGUGAAAGUGAAAAGUUGAAAGUUGAAAGAGGCAGUUUAGGUGAUUGAAUGAGUUUUGGAUGGGUUGGUAGUGGUGUAAUGUAAUGGCAGUAGUACAAGAAGAGCAGUGAUGAAAGCAGAGAUAUGUUUAACAUUCAUUCUGACACUCUAGUCUCUACACCCUUUGGCAUGGAACUGGGAAAAUUUGAAUGGCAAGCAUCAAGUCUAAGCAGCAAGUGUUAAGAGGAAAAAAGACCAAGCAAGAACAAGAUAAAACAGUGUCUGAGCCUGGAUCCUCAUCAGCACCAGCACCAGCACCACACAACAACAACAACAACAACAACGGAAGAACAGCAACGGAAACGGGCUUUUGCGGGUACGGUGGAGCAUGCAGCAACGACGUCGUCGAGGCAGGGGAUGGUGAGAGCAAGUGGUGGAGGAGGUGGGGAGAUAGUGGAGGUUGAAGGCGGUCACAUUGUGCGGUCUACAGGGCGGAAGGACCGUCACAGCAAAGUGUGCACCGCCAAAGGCCCGCGUGACCGACGGGUGAGACUAUCGGCCCACACCGCGAUCCAAUUCUACGACGUCCAGGACCGCUUGGGCUACGACCGCCCCAGCAAGGCCGUCGACUGGCUCAUCAACAAGGCCAAGUCCGCCAUCGACCAACUUGCCCACCUCCCUCCCUGGAAACCCACUCUCCCUGCACCUCAAAACGACGACGAAUCUGACAAGCUUAACCCCAACCCUAACCCUAUCCCUAUCCCUAUCCAUCACCCUGAUGCUGAAAUUCUCCACCAGUUCAACGAGAACGAUACCGAGAACCUUCGGUGCGAUGGAGGUGGAGGUUCCAGUUAUCUUCCGAUGGAUAACGACGCGAUAAGGUCGUUUUUCCCCACAACGACGUCGUCGUUGGUUCACUUCCAGAGCUACCCACCGGAUUUGCUUUCCAGAACCAGUAGCCAGGACCUGCGUCUCUCGCUUCAGUCUUUGCAAGACCCGGUUUUGCUUCACCAGAAUCACCACAACAACGAGCACGUGCUUUUUGCUGGAACCGGGUUUGAAAACAUGGUAGCGUGGAAUAGUAGUAGUAAUAAUAAUAAUAAUACUGCUUCUAAUGAUACUUGUGGUGGUGGUGGUGGUGGUGGUGGUGGUGGUGGAGGAGGGUUUGUGUUUAACGCUCCUUCGACUUUGACAGGGCCGGCGACGGUGGGGUCGCCGGCGGUGGUGUUUGGUCAUGGUCUUGGUCAAGGCCAGUAUUUUACUCAGAGGGGACCCCUUCAGUCCAGUAACAGCCCUUCCGUUCGUGCGUGGAUUGACGCGCCGUCGUUCGUCGCUGCCGCCGCCGAUCAUCGGCAUCAUCAUCAUCACUAUCUGUCUCCCGCGGCGGCCGCGGCGGCGUUGGUGUAUCAGUCUGCUCCUUCAACGGCGGCAUUUGCAGCGGCGCCCGGUGGCUUCUCGGGAUUCCGCGUGCCGGCACAAAUUCAGGGCGAGGAGGAGCAUGACGGCGGCGUGUCCGAUAAGCCGUCCUCUGCUUCCUCCGAUUCUCACCGUUGAUUCUCGCCGUUGAACCGCCCGCCAACAUCCUCAGCCGAUUUCGGUCUCCUUGGAAUCAAUUGGGUAUGUGUGUGAUCUGUUUUUUGCAGGGAUGAUGGGGGAGAUGGAGUUUGACUUGGAAUGGUUUGGUUCGGUUCAGUGGACUAUUAUGCUUGUGGAAUGAAGAAAAUCUGGGGUUGAAUUUCCAGGUUUUGAAUUCUCCAGUUUGUUAUGUUAAUUUAUUUUAUGUUUUCCAUGUUUCAUUAAGGUGACUUUCAAGUUUGAGUACACUGUUGUGUGUUGGAUUUUAUUUUUGCUGUUUGUUAUCAAUUUGUAGUAUUGGAUGAUCUAUUUGUACUUGUUUGGUAUCUAGUUUUUGGUUUGAAAACAUGCACGUAGAUACUGCUAUAUCACUUAUUCACUGCCUAGUUUGCUCGA